UGUUUAAAUGGCUGCUAUUUUCCAGUUGUAGAUCUUGUUUGUCACAUAAUGCGUUUGAUGUAAGCCAUUUAUAAAAUCAUUCGGUUUGCUUGAAUAAGGUACAGAAAACAUUAGCUUUUACAGGAAGACAACGGCAAAUUUAUUUUUUAAAGCUAUUAAGAAAUAUCUAUUCAAAAGCAAACGUGUGACCACACAGGAACCUGUCUAGAUAUCAGUACUAUCAGCGCUUCAAGAGUUGCACUCGAAGACCCCAGCUGCAGUUUCGGUUGAUUUUAUCAUUUAAUACUUUUUUUCCUAGUUUAACAAUUACUCUGAGUGGGUUUAUUGUUUAAUGCCCUCUUUAAACACGACUUAGGCAUGGAUCAAUUGUUCGCUAGAAUCCUUCUCCUUUUUGUCACAGGAGAUUUGUUCAGUGAUACUUUUCAAGAACUGAUCAUCCAUGUAAACCCCAAACAAAUUAAGCUUUGUGAAGGAGCGUCAGUCAAUAUCAACUGCAAUUUUGAGCUGCGUGAAAACUACAAAGUGAGCUGGCAUUACAGCAAGACACCAACUUCAGACUGUAGCUCUCUUACUGACAAGAUACAUGAAGACCAGAAUAAAGAAAAAGUGUACACUUGGCCAAUACUCAAGAUUAAUUCUAUAAAGACCAAUGACAGUGGAUGGUACUACUGCAAGAUUACACAAGAUAUUCCUGUUCUUAAAGAAGAAUGCAGUGAUGGAGCAGAAGUAAUAGUCGAAGCCAACAGUAUCAGAACACCAGGAACAAGUAAUGAGACACUGAAUCAGACACAAAAUCCAACGACAGUCCCUCCUUGCACACGUGCUCCAGCAAUCUCCACAACACCACCACUGGAAUCCUUCAUCUUUCAUGAGUGGUGGAUCUGGUUUGCGGUAGCCGUUGGAAUUGCAGUAGUAGUCGUGUCAAUUGUUGCCAUAUACAUCUUAACUCACGAUAGUAAAGAGAUCAUCUAUGAAAACACCCAACCAGCAUCAGAGUCGGGCCGCUGGACGAAGAAGAAGACAAAGAUGGACAUCUGCAACAUGCCACCAUCCAAAAAGUUUGAUACCAUUAAACCACUGAGGAAGUAUGAUACUUAUUCAAACAACAGAACCCAAAAGCUAUAAAGAUUAAACAUGAAGAAAUGUCCUCUUAAAGCCAAUUCACGCUGCAUCCUCAUGGAUUAUCCUCAGAUUGCAGUAUGACACCUGACUAGCGCCUAUUAAACAUGUUCAGUCAGCAAAAACUACUGUUGGUCAACACAUUCAACUGACAAAACAUGUUUCUUGUUAUUCGUCAGCUUCUGCUAAUGCUUGUGAACUGGACUUUUCAACACAAAUGUAAUAUUAAAGACUGUAGACAUAUAUUAAAUUAUAUAAUGUAGCACUGUAGCUAAUGUUGAGCUGUAAAUAUUAAGUGUUUCUUGUUUGACAAAUGUCAUUAUGAACUGCAGAAUACACAAAUAUUAUAAUAUUUUUAGUUUACUUUUAGUUGUACCAUAGUAAAACAUUCUGUGGUUAUAAAUAAAUGUAAGAAUCUAGCAUAUUUAGCCUACACUGUACAAUCUAAUGGACUCACUAUCAUGUUUUUAGCUGGCUUUAUUGUACAACAAUUUGAAGAUUCAACCCUAGUCAAACCCUAGUAAUGUGUACUGUUUGUGUAAAUUGUGUUACUUAAGGGCUGUGGUGUGCACAUCGAGAUGAUUGUCACUCAUGUUUAAGAGAGCUAAUGUGAGUGUGCACA